GUUUGACUUGACUUCCUAGUCAGACGGUAAACUUGUGACCUAUCCUCCACCAGCCGAAUACUUUACACUAUUGAAAGAUAACCAUCUCAGUAUCUUAAGUCUCGUCAGCUUCCAAGGACUGGAUCAACUUUGGCCUGUUGUUAUUUCCCGUGAACAUAUUCUGCUACGUAGAUAUCCCAUCAUUCACUUGCCUUACUUCGAUCAGCUCGACAGACAAGUUGAAACGUACAUAGCUCAGUCACAUCAUGGCGGUAGGAAGCAAAGAUGAGGGGCCUAUGAACCCUGUGUUCCUCUUCGCACACGGGUCAACGAUGAUGCUCGGCGAGGAGAGCAACUCGGCCUCGUACUGGAAGAAGUGCGGCGACGAAGCUCUCGCUCAGGGCAUCGAGCACAUCGUCAUGAUGGGAGCCCACUGGGCCACAAACGCCCCCAGCGAGAUCCUCAUCUCAGCCCACCCCACGCCCGCAAAGUCACCAGUCGCCUACGUGAACCCCCAGAAAUACCACCCCUACAAACUCAACCCAGACCUCGACUACAUCCCCACGAUCCAACAACACCUCACCGCCGCCGGCAUCCCCUCCAAGACAGACCCGACCUUUGACUGGAUCCACGACACCUACCUCGUCCUCAUCCGCAUGUUCCCCGCCGGCUGCCCGCCAACAACCCUCAUCUCCAUGAACGACUUCUACGACCCGCACUUCCACGUCGCCGUCGGCGCCGCCCUCAGGCCCCUGAGAGCCGCCAAGCACAAGACGCUCUUCAUCGGCUCCGGCGGCUCCGUCCAUAACCUCUACCGGAACAACUGGGCGCCCAUGCUCAAGUUCCGCGACAACUUUGCGCAGCCUAACCCCCCGGAGCCAUGGGCGCUGGACUUCCGCCAAGAGGUCAUUGAUACCUUUUGCCCUGCGUACGAGGAGGACGUCCCCAUCGACCAGGCCGUCUACGGCAAGGCCAUCCGCGGCAAGAAGCCGUGCGGCGGGCCGCUUUUGAGGCGCAAGGUGACGAGCUUGAUGAAGCAUCCCAUGUACCGCGAGGCGCAUGCCACGGAUGAUCAUUUCAUGGCCACCAUGUUCAUCGGAGGCUUGUGUGGAGGCCGGGGCGAUGAAGCAAUGAAGGCUGAAAUGAGAGCUGAGGAUUGGGAACUUACAAACAUGUGCAACUCACAGUUCAUUGUCGGUAGCUGGCCAGAGGCCAAGUGAGUGAGCCAAGAGGUGGAUGAAAUUGCGAAAUGCUUUUUGAUGGUAUAUGAUACAAUAUGACGUACUAUCCUGUGAGGUCAAGAC